UUGUGGUCCACAUUUUGCAUUCUCUCUUAUUUUGUCCUUCUGUUGCUUCUUGUUUUUUUUGCAUUAUUUUCUGGUUCUCAGAAUGAAUACAAGAAAAGCUGAGGGAAAGAGAAGCUUGAAGGAGAUCGACGACGAUGAGGAAGAAGAAGACGACGAAGAUGGCGGAUUAGGGUUUCCAGAAGAUGAUAAGAAAAAGAAGGGUAAGAGAGGAUCUAGUGGUGGUAGUGGCUCAAUGCUACCAGUUUCUUGCCAAGCUGAGAAUUGUUCCGUUGAUAUGAGCGAUGCGAAACGAUACCAUAGACGCCAUAAAGUCUGUGAGUUUCAUGCCAAAGCUUCUUAUGUUCUUGUUUCAGGACUCCAUCAACGCUUUUGCCAGCAAUGUAGCAGGUUCCAUGAAAUAACGGAGUUUGAUGAGAGCAAAAGGAGUUGCAGAAGGCGAUUAGCCGGACACAACGAAAGGCGCAGAAAAAACUCAUCGGAAUGCCACGGAGAAGGCUCUAAUUGAUAACAACGGAGUUUUACUUAAAUUGGAUGGAAAGGCUCUAUAUUAUUUCCGAAUAAAUUUGCCUGUUCCAGCCAUAUUUAGAUCUAUUUUUAGAUCUAAAUAUGUAGUCUCUAGCAUGCUCUCUCUCUUCUGUCAAUCAACUUAAACUGUAAUAAUUAUGAAUUUGCUAAGCACCUUUCAAACAA